AUGAGUGCAAAAGAAGAAAGAAAAGGUGUGUUGGCGAUGGUCCAAUAUAUCCUACAUUUUGAAGGCCCAUCAAAGAAGAAGAAAAAGCCUGCUGAGAAGCUAAAUACCAGUGUCUCAAAUACUCCUUCACUUCAACCACAAUUAUACCAAGUUUCAUUUGAUCAAACUGAACCAAUAGAGCCAGAUUUCAUCAACCCUCAACUUCAAGACACACAAUUAAACAUUCAAGAAAUGAUGACGCCUAGACCUUCCAAGCAGUCACUACCAUUACCUUCAUCAAACCCAAUCACUCAAUCAUCUUUAAUCAAGAUUAUCAAAGAUAAUUUACCCCAUGGAACAGAAAUAAUUGCACCCGAUGGUCUUGAUUUAGAUAAAGCUCCACAAAUUUAUUUACCAAGACAGAAGCUAGAACCUUCAAACCCAAACUCAUCUGAUCCUCCAAUACUACAUGAUGAAAUCAUAAUCAAAGUCUUCUCCUCAGAGACAGUUAUCCCUAAAGAGUUUUCAUUGUUAGACUUCUUAUUAUCUUCAACAAGAGUUAAUUUUGUGGAUUUAUCAACAUGUCAUUUAGAAGAGCCUGUUAGUUUCAGUGAGAUUGAAAAACUCUUGAAAGUUAGUCGUUCCAAGAAAACUAUGGAUAUCUUGAAAGAAAAGGGUUAUUUGGUUUCAUCUAAAACUUCAAAUCUUCGAGACGCACCACCUUCACCAAUUUCACCAGAUUCUUCAACGAAAUCAUUAAUUGCAUUUAAAUCGAAAAAAGAUGUUGAUUUUACCAUUGAUUUGGAAAAUCUAAGAACAAAUUUCUUUAUUCAACAAGGAUCAGUUGCUGAAGAGGUUGAGACUGAACAUCAAAGAUUUUCAAAUUUACCAGAUUUCAUCGAACCUGAAUUUGCUGAUGAAUUAUUUCAGAGAUUUUGUGCCAUUUCUCAAGAAACAAGUUAUUCCACAUUGGAUCUUGGGUCAUUGCCAAAUUAUGAAGAGCCUUUUGAAACUUCAAAGGAGUAUGUUCGGAUAAAUUUCUUAAAAGUUUGUUUCCCUUUAAUUUUUGGAAAUAUAUCAGUAUUAAAGUGUGUUUUGAUUAUUUCUUAUUACCGUUGGAAGAAUAUUGAUCCAACAAAUGAAUAUUUACUACAGAAGGAGAAAUUUAUUGAGGAGCUUCAUUUAGGUGUCUUGGAAGAAUUACAACAUAGACUAACCAAUUGUUUUUCAAUAUGUUGUGACCAUAGUUUACUCUGUGUUUUGCUUUUAUUAUCUACGGAAGUUGUGAUAGGGCUGAAAGGUUCUCUAUGGGGCAAGCUCUUGAAGUUAUCUAGGGAUAUGAUUGUUCUCAGAGGUGGUGUGCCAAAACUUUUAGAAACUUUAACUGGGUUAUGUCUAUUGAAAUUAUUAUCAGUUCAUUUAUCCGUUGGUGGAUUAUUUUCCUUUGAUGUUAAUGAGAUUGAUAACGCAACUCAUUCACUUAGUCUAGCUGAUUUUUUCCAUAUUAUUGAUUCGCAUCAUCAAUUAGAUUUCUUUGAUAAUUUGAAUUAUUAUUCAAAACUUGGGUUAAAUGAUAUGAAAGAUAUUAUGAGAACUUAUGGUCAUAUCACUCAAUUAUACAACCUAUCUGUUAUUUCUUAUGAUGCUAAUAAUGAGAAUGGACAAAAUUCAUUAAAACGUUAUGGGAAUUAUGAAUCAGUGAGCUUGACAAACAUGCAACUUGUUUUGAGUGAUGCAGAAACUUUAGAAAAAGAUAUUCAACAAUACUCAACCAUUUCACAACUGGGGAAUAAUCUAAAUUUACCACACCAUCAUAAAUCACAAGCUAAUUUUGCCCAAAAAGCUUCAUUACUGUAUUUAUACCAAAUGGUUUAUAGACAGACAUCAUUUUCACCAAAGACUGUACUAGCUGUUAAAGAUCUAGUUAAAGAAGUUGAGCAAUUAUUUGAUGACUUACAAAACUUAUCAAUUGAAGAAUCUCAAAGGUCUGUUAUUUUCAUUAUGCCAUUUUUUUUACUUGGUGUUGAUUUGAUCUCCAACCACAAGAGAAAUUGGUAUAAGGAAGAGUUAGAAAGAUUAUAUCUAACUACAAAGAAGGCACCAUUGAUGACGUGUGUUGAACUUUUGGAGAAAGUUUGGGAAAUAAAUGCUACUGGAUCAAUUCAUGUUGAUUGGAAAGCAAUUGCUCAAAAGUAUGAGCUCGAUAUAUGCUUAUGUGCAUAG